AUGGCAGCGGCGGCGGCGAGUCUGCAAGCAGCGUCCCCGCUCGCCGUUGCCGCGGUAAUCGCGGUCACCGCGGGCCGCGCCGUGUUUGGCGCCGUGGUCGGCGCGGUCCUGCACCCAGAGGUGCUGCUGCGCGCGAGCUGGCUGCUCGUGGUGUGGCCGUGGCCCGCGGCGGCGCUGAUUGCGGCGUGGACGGUGGCGACGGCGGCAGCUGGAGGCGGGAAGAAGCAGCCGCUGUGGAAGCAGGUGGGCGUGCUGCUCGGCGCGCUUACGUGGCUCAUUUUGGUUCCCUGCGGAGCGUUUCAGGGCUAUCUGGACGGGUGGCGGGUGAGUCUAUGUGUGCUGUACGCGGUGUUCUUCAGCGCAUCAGCCAUUGUGCGCCUGCAGCUCUACGGGGACCUCGCACCACCCAGCAAGGACCAGCAGCAGGCCACCGCCACCAGCCGCACAGCCCAGGUGCUCUUUGUGCUGUCAGUGGUGGGCGGCCAUUGGUACGCAGCCUUCGAGUCCGCAUCCCGUGCAGCCAUCCUCGCCGCCUCCACCGCCGCCGCCACGGCAGCCACAGCCUCUGCCGCCGCAUCAGGCGCAUCAACAGCCGGAGCCGCUGCCCCGUUCGCAGCGGCGCUCGACCCGUGGGCAUCGCGUGUGGCGCCGGUGCUGCUGGUGUUUGCCCUGUGGCUGCACUGGGAUGCGGCCUUCUUCCUGGGCAAGUACUUUGACCGCCUCGUCGUGCCCAAGGCCGUCGUCACGGUGGGGCCCUACCGCUCGCUGCGCCACCCGCUCUAUGCGUCCUACGUGCUGCUCUUCUGCGCCUUCUGCCUCUCCCUGCACAGCUACAAGGCAAUGCUCUUCCUCUUCAUUGCAUCUCUCCUCUACUACCGGGCGCGCAUCACCCUAGAGGAGACCAUGCUACUCAAGGCCUUCCCCGAGUACAAGCAGUACUGUCAGCGCGUGCCCUACAGGAUGCUGCCCUACGUGUACUGA